UAAUUACCUAACGACUCUCUGGACGCAAAUAUAUAAAAGGGAAAUUCAAAAACUUACAAACUUUCCAAAGAAAACAAAUUUCCCAAUAUGGUAAGGCUGCUAUCCAAGACAUUUCGCUCUGUCAAAAUCCCUAACACUAACCCUAAUCCUUCAAAAUCAUGCCCAUCAUCAUCAUCAUCAACAACACAAAAAACAUCACAACUUAGAUUGUGCUCAAGAUCAUGGUCGGUUUAUCUCAUUCUCUCGACCAACACCCCCAUCAAAACCUACGUUGGCGUCACCACCGAUUUUUCUCGCCGACUGAAACAACAUAAUGGUGAACUUAAAGGUGGUGCAAAAGCAUCUCGUGCAGGAAGGCCAUGGGUAUGUGCAUGCAUUAUCCAAGGUUUUAAGGACCAAAGUGAAGCUUGUGAGUUUGAAUCAAAAUGGAAAAAUGUUUCGAAGAAAUUGCCACAUAAAAAGGCAAAUGACGACAUGCCAAAACACUUAGAUGAGACCUCACUUCUAUUAUUGCAAAAAAGGCAAGCAGCUCUAGAUAGAGUUAAAGGUUUGCUUGAUUGUGGUCACCUAGAAAUUGACUGGCAAUUGAAUCCUCAUUGACAAGUAAAUGUCAUUUUUUAAAUUAAUUUUUUGUAAUAAAUUUAAAUUAAUAUAUUAAGCUAUAAAAAGAUCUAGUAAAAUUUGAGGUCAUACUCAUACAUGAUUGACAGCAUGUGGCACAAAAUCAUUGUAUGUAUAUUUGAUGCUAUUUGUAUUGAAAUAGGGAGAAUGAGUGAAUGAUCAUGUCUAGUUGUGAAUCACUAAAAUGUACCGUCUCCCUUGUACUCAAUAAUGAGAGAAAAGAGCAAAGUACUUUUUGUAUUG